UGUCUCUUUCUCUCUCUCCAAGACUCCAAGUUACGCCGAGCGAGCAAAUCAGGUCUUUCUCUCUCUCUCUCUCUCUCUGCGGCGCUCUGUUCCUCAAAACAAUUCUAAUCUAAACAACCUUCCUUCCACCGCGAUUUCACCUUCCAUAGCCAAACAACACAGGGUUGUCGAUAAUUGUAAAGAAAGAAAGAGAGAUGAGUGGAACAGAGAAAAGUAGCACAAAAACCCCAGCUGAUUUCCUCAAAUCCAUUCGUGGUAGGCCUGUUGUUGUCAAGCUCAACUCCGGCGUCGAUUAUCGAGGUAUCCUAGCUUGUCUAGAUGGCUAUAUGAAUAUUGCAAUGGAACAAACAGAGGAGUAUGUUAACGGACAACUGAAGAAUAAGUAUGGUGAUGCUUUCAUUCGAGGAAAUAAUGUUCUAUACAUCAGUACCUCAAAGAGGACUCUAGCAGAAGGGGCUUAAAAUUACCGAAAUCCAAAUUUAUGUUGGUUUCAAUUUUGAAAAACAGUUGUAACUUUUUGUAUUAUGCUGACUGUCUGUAUGUAGCAGCUGUUACCUAUUUGUCUGAAGUUUUUCUUACUUCAUAGUUUGUCAUGGUAAUUGAGUUGCUAUGCUUAUAUAUUAAGGCAAAACUGCACAGCCAGUUUGUAACUUUAGUUUAGUAUGGAAUUUUAAAAUAGUAAUAUGUUAUCAUUUCAA